GGCCUCGAGAACCAAUAAGGAGAUCAAAGACCUCAAACAUGCCUACAAGGAAGGUAAGCUUUUUUUUAGGGUUAUUUGAUAAAGAAAAUAAUGAUCUGCGUGUAGUUUAAUGUUCUCCUCAGGUGGUGUUUAGGCACUUAAAUAAAUAUUAGCUUUUAACCAGGCUAAAAAUAAUUUUAGGAAUAUGAUGGUUAUUCCUGAUGGUUACACUAGUACACGAUGUCUGCAUGGCUAAUUCAUCGAAAUUUUUUUCUAUAGAAUCCAAGAAGGAUCUGAAGGCCGACAUCAAUUCUGACACAAACGGACACUUCAGGGACGGCCUUCUGGCUCCCUGCAAGACAAGCAGGACUGAAGACUGCAAUGUGAAUGCGGAGCUGGAAGACAAAGACCCCAGGGAGCUCUACGAGGGCGGAGAGAAGAGGAAAGGCACCGACUGCUUUGUGUUUAUCAACAUCCUGAACAGCAGGAGAGCUCCUCAAGAAGCUACAUUUGGACAACUCUAGCUGGAAAUAAAGCUGCUGAGAUCUUUCAGUUCGGAGUCCUCCAGAACCAGAAUGAAGCCUUUUGUGUUUUUACUCAGAAGCUUGUCUCAUUUUAUGGAUCUCGUUUUCUGCCUUCCAGUGUUCGUGUGCAGCAAAGUAGAUCUGGAGCGGAAGGAACCUUUCGGUUGCUGUUGAGAAGCUAUUCUCACUCGUUCUAUCAUUCUUUAGUGGUCUGUGUAACACUGAGGGUUGGAUUGCAGAAACGCACAACUCUAAAGAAUUCAGUCGCGGCUGGUUUAACGAGUUGCAAGUUUGAAAGAAGCGUUCAUUGGACAUUGGACACUUUUUUGUGUUUGAAACUUCAAUUGAGUUUCUGUUUCCAUCUUACUUUUUUUUUUGUUCUUUGCCACUCCGUGAUAAUCCUGUUAGCUGAAAUAUGGAAAGAAUGAUGUGUUGCAAUGUGCAAUCAGUCAUUAAAAAAAAGAAAACACUGUUGAGUGACCAGGUGAGGUUAUCCACCAAAUGAACACCAAGGAAUUUGGCGCUCUUGACGAUCUCCACAGCAGCUCCUGAGCAGUAAAGUGGUGUGGGUGUAUGGUGUGGUGCUUUUAGCUUGGUAAACCUACUGUAAAUAUCAGAAUGCAGAUGGAAACUAAGCUCUAAACCGGCAUGCUCAUCGUUCCUGUGUGUCUGGAACAAUAAGGCAACAUUGUGUCUAUGAUUUAUUGCAAGGUAGUGAGAAAUACGCUUCAGAAAUUGAUGACUGACUAAUCAAACAUCAUCUAGACAUCCAUCACAGUGGUGACAAAAUUCAUCACACCACGCUGUCACUGAUCAUUUUUCAUAAUGGCAUACCCCUAAGUGUUAUAGUCCUUAUUUCUGAAUAGCAACAAUCAAGCUCUGAAAAGUUAGGCUUAGUGUAGACGUGGUGUUGCCUGCCGCACAGUGCCAUGCUGCACCUUAUGCUUACAUCGAACACGUAUUUGAUCAAUAUUAAUUGUUUCAAUUAGCCUUUGGCAGGGGCAUCAAAUACCAUCUUAAACAGUACUUCAUCCUCGCAAUGCAUCUGCGUCUUUGCAAUGAAACAGUGAUGGUUACUGUCUAACUACAGUGGUGUGAUGUAAUGAAUUACAAAUACUCUACUGUAAUUUAGUCCACGUGCCUGGACAUGUGCUGGUUUAAGCAGGGGAACCUUCCGUGCCAUGCAUGAUUUCAAACCAUGAUGUCUUAGUGUAUUACCAACAGUAACCUUGGAAACGGUGGUCCCAGCUCUUUUCAGGUCAUUGACCAGCUCCUCCUGUGUAGUUCUGGGCUGAUGUUGAUCUUUAUAAGUUCUGUCAGCGUAUGAUCUCACGUCGUAACAGAAAAGUUCUACCCAUAAUUCGUGCCUUCAUUAGGGCUGUACCUAUCAAAUAUUUGAGUAAUCGAGUAUUCUACAGAUUAUUCCAAGGAUUAAUCAAGUAAGAAGUAUUUUAUUUUUAUAUAUUAUAUAUAUAUUUAUAUAUAUAUAUUUUUUAAUUUAUUAAAGAGCGAUACUAA